CUUCCAAUGGUAAACUUUAAGCUGUACAAAUACGCAACACAAGGCCGCGGCAUACGUGUUUGAUUCAAUGGCGUUUUUAAUGUUGAUUAAGGCAAUGGCAAAAUCCAAGCAUAUGCUUUACUUAAAUUAGAGCAUUAAGCUAAGCCGCGAUUAGCGUAACCAUUAUCUAUAUGCUAUUGUAUGUAAACCGAUAUUGCAACUUGCCUUAAUAUUUAUCACAUAUGAGGAACUUCCAACGGAAAUUGCCCAUCCCUUACAAGUCGGAAGAACAAAACAAGAGUAAUUAACUUUUGAAGGCUUUAAAGAGCCAACCCUGGUUCAAAAGAUUUGCAUAUUUACUUUAUUUAUAUCCUCAUACGUUACAAAACAAAAACAAAAACAAAAAAAAGAAUCGAGUACUCAGCGGUCCAAAGAAUAUUUCACCUUUUUUAUUACAGACUGAUUGAGGCGAACGAACUCAUUAGAAUCAUGAAUGUUCAAUUAUCUUCCGAACAAAACACCGAAAAUUGAAAUAAAAUGUUUUCUUGUCACUUUAUUGUUUUCCCAAACAUCACCUGUCCACACGUUCGCGGGCUCACGAGCUGCUGGCACGGUAUCAGGGAUGGAGCUUAAGUUCAUCCGUUUAUUGGACACGUAGCUAUCAUAAAAGCGUACAGGUGGAUAACUGUGCCGAGAAGGUCACUACAAUAUCAUUACUUGAAGGACGUGUGUUCCGAAUAUUAAUUUACAAGUUACAAGCGAGAUCGAGUGUAGGUCAACUCUUCAGACAGAAUCGAAAAGUUUCGCGUUUGUCAGUUUUUACUGGUCAUUUUUCUGAUCCUCUACGAUGAACGGACAGAACGGAAGUCAAUUAAACGGGUCGCACGAACAUUUACAGGUAACAUCUCAGGAUAUCGUGUUCGCCACAUUGUACUCGUUCAUGGUGUUUUUGGGCGUCGUGGGAAACGGCAUCGUCAUUACAAUCGUGCGUAAAACGCCGUCAAUGCACACAGCAACAAACUAUCUGCUGAUGAAUUUGGCUGUAGCGGAUUUGCUAACCUUGCUUCUUUGUCCUGGCGUCUACGACUUCGCUUUAAAUCAUUUCAGGAUCAACGCUACAAUGGGGGACAUCGUCUGCAAGCUUUUUGCUGGAAACGCUAUUGUUUGCAUCACAUUCGAUGCCUCGGUGCUAACUCUUUGUGUAAUUGCCGUGGAGCGCUAUGUGGCGAUUGUGAAACCGUUUAAAAGCAGCAGUUGGAAUAUCGCGUCCAAGAAGACGGGAAUAGUCAUUGCCUUUAUUUGGGUUUUGGCUAUCAUCCUGACCUUACCAGAUAGUUUAUGGACGGAGUACAGGAGGGAUCAUACACUUGGUUCCUCUCGGUAUCCUUGCAUUCGACCAUGGACCCUUGAUCACGAGUCAACAGUGAAAAUUUACAUCAUUACUCACUGCAUCAUUCUUAUCGUACUUCCGUCAAUUUUGAUUUCAUUUUGUCAUCUUUCCAUUCUUAAAGUGCUCAAAUGGGAUCUUUCUGAUCCGGUGAUAGAUGAAGCUGAUAAGAGCAACAUGAGGAGGCUUUUGAAACUUCUUGUUUCAUUAGCUGUGGCUUUUUGCAUCCUCUGUCUCCCAUUCGCCUGCUUCUUUUUGUAUGUUGCCGCACUUGAAAAAACAAAAAUUGAACCGAAUUUUACAUCACUAUUUCUUGCACAUAGAAUUGUUAGGGUGUUAAUAUUUUUUAACUCUUUUAUUAAUCCACUUUUAUAUGCUGCUCAAAGUACAAAUUACAGAAAGGCUUUGCGAGGGCUCUGCUGCAGGCUCGCUGAGGGCGCCGAAAGUAUUGAGCGGGAAGCAAUCAACUUGGACAAAGAGAACAAGAUUACUGUCAAUGGUGAGAAACUUCAGCCAAUGGGAAGAUGUUCGCAGUUGUAACUAUAUGAGAUGAACUAUAGAACAGAUGUGAAAUGGUAAUGAGUUAACAAUAGUUUACAGAUGAGACAAUAUUAUUAAUAGUUUUGCCUCUCAGGCGUUAUGUAGCUUUAUACACGAAGAAUAUGAAGCAAAUUUGUCACAGCUUUGAGAAAAUACCGAGUAGCUACAUUUUCAUAUAACGAGUUAGGCUGCUGAAACUGUUGAAGUAUUUCAUUAUUGUAAUCGAUGAACAAAUGAAAUAACAGUCAUCAUUGCUUUGCUGCUUGGACGUUACGGUAGAAUCAUAUACGAAGAAUGUACAUGAAGCAAAUUUGUCACAGCUUUUAUAUGAAAAAGCAGUAACUACUUUUUCAUAAAAAUACCUUAGCUAUAGACUGCUGAAACUAUUGCAGAAUUUCAUUAUUGUAAUCUAUCACUUUA